AUGUUGUUCAAAUACUCUCUGUUGGCUCUUUUCGCAUGCGCAACGACCUCGGUCGUAGCAGCGCCUGUUGCUGCCGAUGCUUCCUUGGAGGCUCGUCACCACAAAAAUGCAAAUGCCAAUGAUGCUGCAGGAGCUAAUGCUGGUACCGGUACUACUGCUGCAGGGACUACUGUUGCUGGUACGAUUGGUACCAACACUACCACCGCAGGGACAACAAGCACGGGUGCGACUGGUGCAACUACUAACUCCACUACCGCCGGAACAACGACUAGUGAUACCGGUGUCGGUGCUACCACUAACUCCACUGCCGCAGGCACUACUGCUGCGAAUUCAACUGCUGGAUGUACUACAGCAGCGGGCACGGAUACGAAUUCCACCGCCGUAGGCACUACAACGACGGGCACGGCUGCGAAUGUUACUGACGCAGGUACCACCACCGGCGCUACUGCUGGUACCACGGGCAAUUCGACUACGGCGGACUCUACGGGUGCCACAGCUAACUCGACCACUGCCGCUUGCACAACUGCGAAUUCGACUACAGCAGACGCGACGGGCGCUACAACAAACUCGACCACUGCCGCUACUGGCAAUGUAGCGAAGGCUAAGCAUCAUCAUAAGGGAGCUGCCGCCGCCGCCGCCGCCGGAACCGGUACAGCCGCUGGAGCUGCAGGAGCCGCUGCCGCAGGUACUACAGGCACGACUAACUCAACCACCACCACCGGGACAGCUAGUACCACAGGCACGACCACCAACACCACGACUGGUACCACUGGAGCAGACUCCACUUCGGCUGGCACUAGCGCGUCGGGGACUACUGUUAACGCUACCACUGCCGGCACCACCGACACGAGUGCAAACUCGACUGCUGCUGGAACAGGGACGACCGGUGCCGACACUACGGCUGUUGGCUCCACUACUGCCGAUUCAACAACGGCACUCAAAAUCCGUGCGCUCAAGGAUCUGAACGCUCGUCGUGCCUUGGCCUUGCUCGAGUUCAAUAAAAUCUAUUAA